CAUAUCGACAAAAUCAAUCCUAAACCUGUUCAUUACUUCAUUUGUUGGCUAGGUAUCUCCGUUAGUGCAUUGAUAUUUGUUCUUAUUUAAUUAAUUAAUUGGAUUUUUGGCAUGGGGAAACUUUUUGGAGCGGCCAGUUUGCCCAUGAUGGCUUGUAUUGCCCUCUUGAUCGGGGCAAUAUUUCAGAUUCUGGGCUUCGCCGCGCCCUACUGGGCGUUUGAUGGGACGUAUGAUGUUGGCCUGUGGAGACUAGCCCGAUGUCAAUUUAGUUACCAUGUACAUUGCUACAGACAGGACCACGUGGAAUAUUUUACUUCAGAUUGGCUCAAAGUAGUACGAGCAUUUGAAAGUCUUGGAAUUAUAUUUAUGGUGCUGCCACUCAUAAUAAUUCCUGUGUAUAUGUAUGUUUCCCUGGGCCUUUAUUAUAAGUUCAUGAUGAUGUGCACAUGUGUGUCUUCACUUGCAUCAGCUCUGAGUAUCAUUAUUGGUGUGUCUGUCUACUCCGUCAAUGUAACACUGAAUGACUGGGAAAUAUCGUGGUGUCUCUAUAUCUGUAUUGUGGCAUUUGUUGCCACAUUGUUAGCCUUCCUUAUUCUUAUUGUGGCAGCCUGUAGCAAACGUCCCCCUGAACUCAAACAGAUCAUGGUGCCUGACCAUUCCACACUCCAUGUCCAUCCAACAAAACCCAGAUUUGUUAUGAUAGCUGAUUAUUCAUAUCCUGCAUAGACAUGUGAAUGAGAAGACCAGCACAGAAAAGAAAAACCAAGGAAAGACUAAAAUGUAGCCUUACAUUGUGUUGUUAAAAAUGUGACAUCCAUUCUAAACCUUGACCAGUGAGUGGUCUUAGAAAAGGAAAUGCUUGAUGCACACAUAUUUUCUACAGUAAUCCAGUUUAAGAAAUUUUCUGCUGGUGAAGAGAGAUAUGCAUUUGUGUUUAUAAUUACUUGGUUCCAAGUGUGCAAAACUGUAGUUAAUAAACUAACUUGUAGAAUGUUCUGGUAAACAAAUUUAUUUAAAAAUAAUACCCAUAACAUUUAUAUUAGUAAAUUUGCUUAGGAAUAUUGUCAUGGAAAUGACAUUUACAACAGGAAUACAUGUAUAUAUAACACGUGAAUAAUGCAAACAUAUGAUUUCAUUGCUAUAACAUUUGUUGUACAUGUACUGGAGAGUUAUUGCACAAAUGUCUGACAUUAGCGUUAGCCUAAAAAAGAUCCAUCAGUCCUGAUUGAGUCAUAAUGGUCCCAAUUCAUAUGUC